ACAAUCCCGCCGAAGCCACGAAGACCGAUUGGUCCGAACACAUGUCCAUAGACACAUUCGCCCCCUCCUCCUGGGACAUCGACGAGGAGAUGCACGCCGACGCCCCAGACCCAUGGACGGCACCGGCUCCGAAGGACGAAACCGCCGAUCACGAAUCGGACACUUGGUCUACAGCCCCUGCUCCCGUUACGGCGCACAAUGGACCGGAAAGCGACGAGAGCGGCGUUAGUAAGCCACCGAAGAAGAAGGUGAAGGGGAGAUGGACGUUUGUUGAUGACCGGGUUAAUGGGAAGUACAUCAAGGGGAUUGGGCAGUUGUUGACGCCGGAUGACGAUGAGCCGAGGCAGUUGCCGCUUCCUUCGAAGAAGAAGGGCCCGGGGGGUAAGCUGCAUCAACAGCGGUGGCAGCAGCGCGGAAAGGAAAUGGAUGUGGUCGCAUUACCGCAUCAAAAGCCAUCCAUGACACAGCCUGCGGCAAUUUCUCCUGUCUCCGUGGGUUUCGAGGAUUUCAUGCCCACCAGUCCCCUUGCAAACAACGAUGGCCCUUGCCGCGGCCAUCCCAUCCUCGUCCGCGGCCUCGCACCAACCUUCACUGACGACAUGCUCGGCGACAUCUUCUAUUACCGUCUCGGUUCGCGCGGGGUCUUUGACGCCCUCGUUGUGUCUGACCCGCGCACUGGUGUCUCCCGCGGCUUCGGAUACGUGUGGCUCGAAUCGGAGAAAUUGGCGGAGGAGGCGGUGAGGAAGUUCGCGCGGACGGGAGGUGAGGAAGGGGAGGAGGGGGAGGGGAUGAGUGUGGAGAGGGUUGGGAAGGGAGAUUCGAGGCCGGUAAUUGCGAUUGGGGUUGCGAGGGGGAAGGGGUUGGAUAUUGACAUGCUCCUCGCCGCUCGCCCCUUCGCUGACACGAACGUCAAGAUCGAGGAUAAACCGGAGACUGAGCAGACCAUUGGGGAUGCGCAGGCGUAUGAGGUUCGUUCCCGCGCAGCCUCAGCGUCGGUCGGAGUGUCAGGGAUGGGAGCUGUGCAGACGGGAUUGAGCCCACAGAAUCAGGCUGUGUGGAGUCAGUACCAGGCGAGUCAGGCGAUGGCUAUCGCUAUGUCCGUACAGAAAGCGUUUCAGCAAGCUGCACAGGCUCAGGCUUGGGCACAUAUGUUUCAGGCUCAAGGUCAUGUUCAAGGGCAAGGUUUGCAGGCGAGUCCGUUCCCGAAUUACAUGAGUAAUGCUACGAAUACAGUGCCGCUGAGGAUGGGGUAUCCGCUUCCUCAACACCAUGCUCAUCACCAGCGCCGCAGUCCGCCACAGACGACGAACACGGGAGGUACGGGGGCAUACACGGGUGCCCCGGCUGGUCACCCCCUCGUCAACGCCCCCAUCACCCCCGAGAUGCCCGGCGCCAAAUAUCGUCCUCAACCUACUGAGAACAAGACCAUCGCCGCAGCUGAUGAGAAGUGGUUGGAGUUAAUCAGCAAGGUCACGCAGCAGAAUAUGACUGAGUUGUUGCAGUUGAUGAAUAUGUUGCCGAAGAAGGAGCGUGCGAUGUGUUUUUUGUCGGAGGAGUAUGGGGUUGAGAAGGUUAGGAUGGCGGUUGAGACUUUGGCUAUGUUGGGGGAUUAGCUGCAGCUGUAGGCGAGAAGUUGAGGCAUUCGCU